ACGGAAGUUGGCUCAAAUGUGCGCAGAAACAAAUUCCUUUAGUUAACACAGAAUUACAGGUACGGAACACAGAAUACAGGAGGAUGAGUGAAGACAAGCGUCGUGGUGACGACAUCGAGGAUGGCGGCCCCGGUCUCAUGUACAUGCCCUUUGUCAUCAUGGAAGAGCUACUUGACAAAUUACGACUUCUUAACUAUGAGAAAGAAUUUUCCAGAAAGUUAAACCUCAAACCUAUUUCUAGACAUUAUUUUGCCAUCCCCACCAACUCAGGAGAGCAGUUCUUCAUGUUUACAUCACUGGCAGCCUGGAUGUUGCGUGUUGCAGGGCGUAACUCCGAACAGCCGCAGGAGUAUGAUGACCCCAACUCCACCAUAUCAAGUAUCCUGGAGGAAGUGCGGAGAUUUGGUCACACAAUCGACUUCCCACCAUCCAAGCUGAAACAGGGAAGUGGAGAACACUGCAUCUUUGUUCUGGACAGACUGGCAGAUGAGGCACUCAAGAACAGCCACUUUAAGUGGAACAGGCCAUCCUAUCCAGAAGAGGAGAUGGAAGAGGAGAAUGUGAUCGAGGAUGAAGAUGCAGAGUUGACUCUUAACAAAGUGGAGGAUCCUAUCUUUGGGGGUGGUGAUGAUGAUGACUUUGAGGAUGAUGAGCCGAUGAUGGAUCUGGAGGGACUGAAGAAUCUCAACCAGAAUAGGAUGCAGGAGGGCUCUAAACCUGAGGCAAUCCUUGAUUCAACAACCGAUGCCGCCGACUGGAAGCUGGAGGUGGAGAGAGUACUGCCACAGCUGAAGGUCACAAUCAGGACAGACAACAAGGACUGGCGAAUCCAUCUUGAACAGAUGCACCAACAUCGGGAUGGCAUCCAGAGCUCACUGACAGAGACCAAGACAUACCUGGACAAGUUACAUGACGAGAUCAGCCGUACCCUGGAGAAGAUCUCCAGCCGUGAGAAGUACAUCAACAACCAGUUGGAACAGCCCCUGCAUGACUUCCGCUCUGCCCAGGACCAGCUCGCAGAAACAAAGGAGCGAUACAAACAAGCCAGUGGUGGAGUCACAGAAAGGUCACGGUCACUUGCAGAGGUAACGGAGGAGCUGGAGAAGGUGAAGCAGGAGAUGGAUGAAAGAGGAAACAGCAUGACAGAUGGAGCUCCACUGGUGAAGAUCAAGCAGGCCAUCCAGCAGUUGAAGAAGGAGAACACACAGAUGGACAUUCGCACAGGUGUGGUGGAGCAUGUGCUGCUGCAGGCCAAGCUGAAGGACAAGACGUCACAGAACAAGCAGGCCCACGGUGGAGGGGUCGGGGCAGGAGGACAGGAUUCAUUUAAUGACUUUAAAGGGCUGUGAUAUUCAUCUUAACACAGCUGUUGAAAUAUGAACUUAACAAAGGCAAAACUUCAGCCCAUAGAUGUGUUUAGACAUGCCCAGAAGACACAAAGUCAUCUAAUUUUUUUGUCAUAAUGAAAACAAUACGAUCUUUUAGAUUUUGAUUAUCUCAAGGUUUUGAAAUUUUGGAUUAAUAUCAGUGCAGGUAUUUUGAUAAAAAGGUCCUGAGAAGUUUUGCCAAACUCAUAUGAAUUAAAAUCUGUAAAGAUAAGAGUUACACUGAUAGUUACUGAGACCCAAUAUUGUCUUUAUUUGUAUCAUGUUUUAUGUAUCAUCCACAUUCCGUCCAGAUCUGUAAAUAAAUGUGUUGAAGAA